UUAUCCUUACCUUCAGAUACUUGCUCUGGAGCCUUGAACUAUUGAAACUUGAGCUAUUAAAAAAUAUUUAUGUUUUGAAUAAACAUAAAAUGCUGAAGAUCUUGCUGAAGUAUUGGUACAUUUGGCUAUGCAUGACUUCCUUCUGUCAACAAAAGAGACACCCCAAUGAAAGGAUUAGUAAAGGCUUGCAUCAUAAUACACAUGAUACUAAUAUAAAAUGUCAACUCUUGAAUGCAGAUGUCUUUUAGGAAGACGCGAAGUUGGAAGAAUCCAGGGAUUUCAAGUUUUGAGUAAUGGGCAUCUUACAAGAUUACCACAGCUAAACUGAAAAGGCAGAUGCAGCUCUGAGUACCAGAUUGCUGUGUGCACUGCAUGUACAUGAAAACGCACAUGUUUUUGUCAUCACAUAGACUUGCUCUGGCAUAUUCCUGAGAGCUUUGCAAUUGAUGAAAAUUAAUUUGAGAACCAGAUGGAGCACCUUUACAGCGCAGGAAUCAGUAAUCCAUGGAAAGACCCCUGCCAGUAAUGUUCAACUUUCCACAUGGUCUUCACGGGUGAAAAAAGUUUGCAAGAAGAGGAAGAAAAAACACCCUCUGCACAGAAAAAGCGUAAUAAAUAACCUCCACAAUCUAAAUCAAUAGCUGUGAGGGAAACAGAAGAAUACAGUGGGCAGAGGAAACUGGUUUUGUUCUAGCGGAGGAGUAAUGUAUGAUCUUUGGCACGUUUUGCUUUGGGCUCAAUAGUUUGUGAAUGGACUAAUAAACCGUGACCUUAUGUUGAAUAAUGAUGACUAGAAGUAAAUAAGUUGAGGAACUAUGGGACAAGCCUGGGCAUUGAACUGAGCAAACCUUACUGCCCUUCUUGAGUUAACCAGGUCAUCAAACUUGCAUAUUCUUUUUCCCUCUCCUUUUUCCUUUUCACUUAGUGUGAUAUAAAUACUAAUUAAUUGAGCUCAUAAAUGUUAUUCAAAUAAAACGAUUGGAAUACUUCAUAUGUUUCCUUCUUGUACAGCUGCAAAUGUUGUGUCUGGAACUAUGAAUCUGUGCUGUAGACAAGCAUCAAGAAGGAAAGAUCCGAUCAAACAAGCAAGGAAAAUACCUAGAGAAAUAGUGAACCCAGGAAGUCAGAGUUUUAAUGCUGCUUCUCUUUCUUUUUUAGAUGGUUAUAUUUGUUCCUUCCUUGAAUUUUAGAAGAUUUUGAAAGAGUGCUUACUUGAUGUGCUUUAACUCUGGCAUUUGUUUUUUAUGGUAGAAUGAAAAGUCUUUGAUUCCUUGUAGCAGAAAAAAAGGGAAAAGUAAAGGAAAGCCAGCUUGACAUUUUAGCCUGUUUCAGAGGAGAGAGAACUUCAUGGUUCACCUGAGGCAAACUUAUCUACUUUGAAUGCUAAAAGCUUUAUAGCAUUUUUGAUUCUGCUAUAAAUGAAGAGGGGGUUCUUUUUCAUUCGUGUGUGGCAGCAAAAAGUGGGAAAGCAGGCAAGAUAGCGUGAUAAACAGUUCAGGCUGUGUUGGGUCUCUGGUGGAAAAAAAGUGCUGCAAUGAAAAUUGGAUUGGCUUUGGAUUGCAAAAACUUUUGAGUCCAACAAGCGGUUCAGAAUCAAGAGGGAUUUCCCAACUGGCCUGGCACACCAGUGCCUGCACAAGUUCGGGUCUGUUGUUUCACACGGUUUGUGUGCCUUUUUUUCCCUUUAUGCAAUCUCUUUCAGCUUUAGCAGCAGAAAUACAUCAGAUGGAAAAGAUAUGCCAGAGGGCAGCUUGGAAACGAGGAAUGUCAUAUAUAUACAUAUAUAUGUAUGUGCGUGUGUUUCAAUUUCUGCAACUGAACUUUUGAAGAAAAUCUGACUGGAGGAAAUUCUAAAAGCCUUAAGUUACUUGAAACCUACACAUUUGCAACUCUUUGUCUCUGGAAUUGCAUUACACUAAACUGGAAUCUCAGGCUGUAUAAAGAUUAUAUCAAGUUGAGCAAAAAGAUGACUUAACCAUUUCUUGAGCGCCUCUUAUGAAGUAGCUGUUUCUCCAAAGGAUAAGUGCACCCUCACUCUACAGACUGGAAAACAAAAAUGAACCUGAAUUUUUUUUUAAGUGUUACUUUUUCUUAGCCAACUGCCAUCAUCUUUUAUAGAGGAAUUUUUCACUAUGCAUUUGGUGGAUAUUUAUAAACACUGACCCCAUCCUCCUCCCUUUCAAUGAUCUAUCCCAGGUCAGUCUUAUCAAUAAAAAAAAAAAAAUUGAUUUAAAUUUUGUGCACUAGACAUAUUACUUUCGUAUGUCAAAAAAUAAAAUAUUUUAAAAGCAUGUAUGCAGCAGUGGAACAUGGGCCUGUUCUUUGCAGCGAUUCCAACAUCCUCUGCCUCUCCUGGAAAGGGAGAGUCCCCAAAAGUGAGAAGGAGAAACCAGUGUGCAGGAGGCGGUACUAUGAGGAAGGCUGGUUGGCAACAGGCAAUGGCAGAGGAGUUGUAGGCGUCACUUUUACUUCCAGCCAUUGCAGGAGGGACCGGAACACCCCUCAGAGAAUCAACUUCAAUUUGAGGGGCCACAACAGUGAGGUUGUGCUGGUGAGAUGGAACGAACCAUUCCAGAAAUUAGCAACCUGUGAUGCAGAUGGAGGAAUAUUUGUUUGGAUACAAUACGAAGGCAGAUGGUCUGUGGAGCUUGUGAAUGAUCGUGGGGCACAGGUAAGCGACUUUACAUGGAGCCAUGAUGGGACUCAAGCACUUAUCUCCUACAGAGAUGGAUUUGUGCUGGUCGGUUCAGUCAGUGGACAAAGACACUGGUCUUCAGAAAUAAACUUGGAGAGUCAGAUCACCUGUGGAAUAUGGACUCCAGAUGACCAACAGGUACUGUUUGGCACUGCUGAUGGACAGGUUAUCGUCAUGGACUGUCAUGGCCGAAUGCUGGCCCAUGUACUCCUUCAUGAGUCAGAUGGCAUCCUCAACAUGUCCUGGAACUACCCCAGCUUCCUGGUGGAGGACAGCAGCGAGAGUGACACGGACUCUGAUGACUAUUCCCCACCACAAGAUGGACCAGCUGCGUAUCCAGUCCCGGUGCAGAACACCAAGCCACUGCUUACUGUCAGCUUCACGUCGGGAGACAUCAGUUUAAUGAACAAUUAUGAUGACUUGUCUCCUACUAUCAUCCGCUCAGGGUUGAAAGAUGUGGUGGUACAGUGGUGCACACAAGGAGACCUACUUGCAGUAGCAGGCAUGGAAAAGCAAAACCAGCUGUUUGACCUCAGCAAUGGUUCUCUGUUGAAAAGCGCACUUGUCAAGUUCUACAACGUGCGUGGGGAACAUAUCUACACUCUGGAGACACCUGUACAGCGUCCCAUCAUCUCCAUCUGUUGGGGUCACAGGGAUUCACGCCUGCUGAUGGCUUCCGGACCUGCAUUGUAUGUAGUCAGAGUCGAGCACAGGGUCUCCAGCCUGCAGCUGCUGUGCCAGCAGACCAUAGCUAGCUGUCUGCGGGAUGACAAGGACAUCAGCAAACUCACCCUGCCCCCUCGGCUCUGCUCGUACCUCACCACUGCCUUUAUACCAACAAUCAAGCCUCCUAUCCCAGACCCAAACAAUAUGAGAGACUUUGUCAGCUACCCAACAGCUGGCAAUGAACGGCUUCACUGCACAAUGAAGCGGACAGAAGAUGACCCAGAGGUUGGUGGUCCAUGUUAUACACUGUACUUGGAAUACCUUGGGGGACUGGUGCCUAUCCUGAAAGGACGUCGUAUCAGCAAGUUGCGGCCAGAGUUUGUCAUCAUGGAUCCCAAAACAGAUGGAAAAGCAGAUGAAAUCUAUGGAAACAGCUUGAUUUCCACUGUGAUUGACAGCUGCAACUGCUCUGACUCCAGCGAUAUCGAACUCAGUGAUGACUGGGCAGCAAAGAAAUCUCCAAAAAUCAGUCGAGCUAGCAAAUCACCUAAACUCCCCAGAAUCAAUAUAGAAGCUCGCAAAUCUCCAAAGAUGUCCCGAGCUGCACAGGAGAUAUCAAGAUCACCAAGGUUACCAAUAAGGAAACCCUCUAUUGGUUCACCAAGCCUGACCCGAAGAGAGUUUCCUUUAGAAGAUAUUACCCAGCACAACUACCUUGCUCAGGUCACAUCUAAUAUCUGGGGAACCAAAUUUAAAAUUGUGGGUUUGGCUGCUUUCCUACCAACUAACCUUGGUGCAGUAAUAUAUAAAACCAGUUUGCUGCAUCUGCAGCCCAGGCAAAUGACCAUAUAUCUCCCAGAAGUGCGGAAGAUUUCAAUGGACUACAUUAACAUGCCUGUCUUUAAUCCAAAUGUUUUCAGCGAAGAUGAAGAUGAUUUACCAGUGCCCGGUGCCCCUGGCGCUCCCGCCAGCAGCCCGCCGUGCACCGUCAACAUCCCCAUCGCCCCCAUCCACAGCUCCGCACAGGCCAUGUCGCCUACACAGAGCAUAGGCCUGGUCCAGUCGCUGCUGGCCAACCAGAACGUGCAGCUGGAUGUGCUGGCAAACCCACCGGCGGAAGCGGGGGGCGAGGGGACGGGACCCUUCCCGGGAGCACCAGGCCGCUUUCCCGGCCCAGGGGCAGGGGGCGCUGGCUGUGGGGAGCUGGGACCGCCGGCCCCGCCGCCACCUCCACUGGCCCCGCCGCCCCCCGCACCCCCCAUUGCCCUGACUGAACUGCGGGACCACAGUGACCGGGAGCAUGAGCCCCCCCCCAAGGCCAAAGGCCCACGGCCAGGGCCACAGCUGGGUAAGGGGGACGCCGUCAUCUUUGGGGCCACUCAGGAGCUGCAGCUGAACAAGAUGAAAAACCCGCCCCCACCCUACCGCACCAUCCCUGGCCCCAACUCUUCCACCCCGCCUGGCCCCCCGCAGCCACCCCUUGAUCUCUGCCUCAAAAAGGGGGAGUUCUCACUCUACCCGGCGGGGCACUACCAGACACCCCUGGGGUAUGAGCGGAUAACAACGUUCGACAGCAGUGGAAACGUGGAAGAGGUGUGCCGGCCUCGCACCAGGAUGCUCUGUGCACAGAGCACCUACACCCUGCCGGGUCCCGGCAGCUCCGCCACCUUGCGCAUCACAGCUGCUGAGAAGAAGAUGCAGCAGCCCUGUGCCAGCGCCACGCUGAACCGGCUCACAGUCCCCCGUUACUCCAUCCCAACCGGGGACCCGCCGCCCUACCCUGACAUUGCCAGCCAGCUGUCCCAGGGCAGAAGCAUGGCACAGAGGCUGGACAACACUAUCAUUCAUGCUACUCUGCGGAGGAACAGCAGAGAGGCAGCCCUGAAAAUGGCUCAGCUGAUGGAUGGUCAGAGAGCCACCUUGCAACUUCCCCCAAAACCCAAGAGCAGCAUUGUGACAGCACAGUACCAGCAGAGAGUACCCACCGCCUUGUACACCUGCAGCCAGUGCAGCAGUGGUGGCGCUGGCAGCAGCAAUGCAAGUGCUGGUGGUGCGGGCAACAUCCCUAGUGCCAGUGCUAGUAGCAGCACUUCCAGUAUUGGUGGCGUGAGACCUGAUCUGAGCACAGGGAGUGGCUCCCAGCACAGCUCUGUGAUUGCUCACUCUGUCAGUACUUCGCCUCUGGCCUCCCAGUCCUCCUACAGCUUGCUGAGCCCACCUGACAAUUCCCGUGACCGAGCAGAUUAUAUCAACUCCGCCUUCACAGAGGAUGAGGCCCUUUCUCAGCACUGCCCAGUGGAGAAAUCAAUACGGCACGCGCCUGUGUCCUUGACAGAGGCUACCCUUGCUGUAAAACGGCCACCACCAUACCAGUGGGACCCUAUGGUGAGUGAAGAGAUAUGGGUUCCUCAGGAAAGGACAUCUCAGAGCUCAGUGCCCAAUCCUCUAAAACCUGCUCCGCUCAUCAUUGGCCAAGCUCAACAUCUGGAUAUGUCUCGAGUGCCAUUCGUUUCCCCCAAAUCUCCAACCAGUCCCACUGCCACCUUCCAGACAAGUUACGGGGUUGGAGUACCUUACCCAGGAAGCUACAGUGCCCCUCCCCUUCAGGGAAUGCAGGCCCCCUGCUCCCCCAAAGAAGCUCUGGCCCCAACACAGUUUGCACAGCAGGAGCCCACAGUUGUCCUUCAGCCAGGUUAUCCAUCCAACCUUUCCUAUUGCCCUUUGCCACCCAUGUACCCGGGAAGUAGCACUUGCUCUAGUUUACAGCUGCCACCAAUCGCCUUGCACCCAUGGAGUUCCUAUAGCGCCUGCCCACCCGUACAGAACCCCCCGGGCACCCUGCCCCCCAAGCCGCUCCUCGUGGUGGAGAAGCCAGUGAUGUCUCCCCCACCAGCAGAGCUGCAGGGCCACGUGGGCACAGAGGUGAUGGUGGAGACAGCAGACACUUUCCAGGAGGUGCUCUCCUUGACAGAAAGCCCUGUUCCUCAAAGGACAGACAAAUUUGGCAAGAAGAGCCGGAAACGCCUGGACAGUCGAGCUGAGGAAGGAAACAUGCAGGCUAUCACCGAGGGCAAGGUCAAAAAGGAGGCAAGGACACUGACUGACUUCAAUUCACUAAUAUCCAGCCCUCGGCUGGGGAGAGAGAAGAAGAAGGUCAAGAGCCAGAAAGAUCAGCUGAAGUCCAAGAAACUAAACAAGACGAAUGAGUUUCAGGACAGUUCAGAGAGUGAGCCAGAGCUUUUUAUCAGUGGAGAUGAACUGAUGAACCAGAGCCAGGGCAGCAAAAAGGGUUGGAAAACCAAAAGGAGUUUGAGAACAGCCAGUGAGCUGGAUGAAUUCAAGUGCCGGAAGGCCAGCGAGAAGGAGGAUGGGAGACUGGGAAGCCAGGGCUUUGUGUACGUGAUGGCCAACAAGCAGCCACUGUGGAACGAGGCGACGCAAGUCUACCAGCUGGACUUUGGAGGGCGGGUGACCCAGGAGUCGGCAAAAAACUUUCAGAUUGAGCUGGAAGGACGACAGGUGAUGCAGUUUGGAAGAAUUGAUGGCAAUGCUUACAUUUUGGACUUUCAGUAUCCAUUUUCUGCAGUACAAGCCUUUGCUGUUGCUCUGGCUAAUGUGACUCAACGUCUCAAGUGAACAAGCAGAGACUGGAGAGAAGAAAAUGUUAACCUUCUCACAAAGUCCAAACCGGAAAAUGUCAGGGCAGCCUGCUUUAGGUGUGCAGAGAUGCCUGGGAAUGAAGAAGACAGUAAAACUGGAAAAGUAUUUUGGUGCCCGCCAGAAGGGCAUUAACUCUAAUCAGUCAUGGGGUGGAGGGUGGGGGGCUGUUUUCUGUUUUGUUUGUUUGUUAGCUUGUUUUGUUUCUAUUUUUUUUUCUUUUUAAGUGUUGUGCUGGGUCUCAGAAAGAGCAAAGGGUUGAGAGCCAUUCCAUGUUACAUGAAGAAAUGUGGCUUUUGGCUUGUUGUGGUGGUUCUGCCACGUGUGCUACAGUAGCUGAUGUAAGCUCAUGGGGGGAUUAAAACAGACUGCUCUUUUUGAUAGACUGCCUUAUGCUGUUCUUUUUAAAACAGGGAACAUAACUUUUUUCUGGUCCAGUUUGUACUCCUCCUCCUCCUCUACUUCUAAAACAUCAAUGAUAGCAGCAAAAAAAAUAGAAAAAAAGAAGCUAUAAUACUUGAACACAUAAGUUUCUUCUCUGAGAUCUGCUAAUAACUGAGCACCACAGGUUCCAAGGAGACAUAUGUAGGUCAAUGUUUAAUUUAUAAAUAAUGAUGUAUCAUUCAGAAGAGAAAAAAUUGUUGCCAGUGAGUGGUUGUCAUGGUUCAGGAAUGGUAUUCCCCAAUUUUAUUAUUCCCUCUGAAACAUUCCAAACCCCUCACCACUCGCUCAUUUCUCCCUCAUGCGGCAGGCUGGAGAGGAGAAUCGGAGGCACAAAAGGUAAAGAUUAAUGAGUGAGAUAAGAAAAAUUUACUGGAAACAGCAAUGAAAUAAGAAAGCGAACAGUAACAGCAACAAUAUUAAUAACAGAAUUUACAAGAGGCAAGCUAUUCACACAUGAUUGCUCACCACAUGGAAACCCCUGACAAUACCCUAUGAUGGCACCAUGCUACCUGACCUGGUAGGGACCCCUUCCCCGUCGGAAAAUGGUAUGAGGUGGUAUAGGAGGUUAUUCUGAGGUGGUAUGGAAUAACCUCCAGGGCCUAGCCAUGCCCACUCCUGGCUACUGCAAAAUUUAACUGUGUCCUGGCCUAAACCAGGAGAGUGGUUUAAAAACCCACUGUAUCAAAGAAGUUGAUGUCUGCUUGUUUUGUGUGCAGUUAUUGGGGAUAAACAUCUCUCAGUAGGUGACAAAAGAUAGAGGAGCAAAUAAAUUAUGAGCACUGCUUUUUUAUUCUCACUGGUCAGCAGUAUUGUCUGAUUUGACAUGUAGUUGGGAGAGGUACAGUGUGAUCAGAUGUACCUCUGAGGCCGUGCCUGUGCACGCUCCUCGUGUUUCAAUGUGUUUACACCUUAUAAACAAAGUCUUUCCAGUAUGAGAAGGCCCAGUCUUAGCAAUCAGUAUGAAUCAAGUUCUACAACAGUGUAUCUGUGCUUGAAUUAGGAAGGAGACAGAAGUGUAAUAAGUCAUUACAAGAAGCAGUUUCAUCAGGAAAGCAAAUUAAUUAUUGGAAACAACACCAUGGCUGGCUGGAGAACAAAUUAGUUGAAAGAGGAAGGAAAAAUUGGACAGAAUGAUGCCUUUUAUCACCUUACUACUUGAGUAGCCUUUGUGACUGUAUUUUGAGAAUAUAAUGCUCCAGAUAAGAGCGGGAAGCCAAAGUUUACAUAGAGUGUUACAGAGGAAGGCUUAUAACAGUAGCAUGGCUGCAGCUCUUUCUGGUGGAUGUGCAGACCUGUUGAGCAUUUCAGAAGGGUUGCUUGCACGGAAGAGUUUCUGUGUUGUCCUUGUAUUGUGCACAUAUUUAUUUGCUUUCUCUCUUUCCUCUUUGUCAGCAUUUUGCUACGGAAUAUGUUUUGAUACGAAAGUAGUUCACCCAGUAAUACACAAACCUCAGAACUGUUCAUAUAAUUAUUUGGGCGCUAGAUUACAAAACAUCACUGCAGAUUUUCUUCAGAAAUUAAUCUUUUGAAGUUAAAGGCACACUGGGAAAGAUGUGCUAGUUGAGAUGUCAGUGGAUACUUUGUCUUUCAUCCAUGGUUUAACUUCUUUACUUGAAAAAGUUGAUAUAACUUAAGAGAACAAGUGUGAUUUCCUCUCUUUUUCUUGAAUCCUAGUAGUAAGGCAGAUGUGUGUUGCAUUUGAUUUGUUCUAAAGCAACAUAUCACGUAAUACCUUGCUGUAGUAGAUAUUAAUAAUAUGCAGUGAGCUUCUAACUUCUGGUCUUCUGCGGCUACUAGAGCUGUACAGCACAGAGGAGCACUGCCAGUCAGAGAGGAGUUUCAGAGGGUUUCCAAGGGAGAUGAUAAAGCAGAUUGGGUAAUGCCCCAUGGGUUAAGUCCAGGAAAAACCACCUUCAAGAUGGUUUCAUUGGAGAGGAAGCAGAUGUAGGAAAGAAAGGAGCAGGGAAGUAGAUGGUACCAUGCUUGUAUCCCAAAGCUCAGCGGCUUAGGCUUGUAUAUGGGAGUGAUCAGGCACAACAUUCCCGUUGGCAUCUUGUUUGCUUUAAUUAAUUAGGGUUUUUUUCCACUAAUUGUCUGGGCCUGUUUAUGUUAUUUUUCACAUGCAUGAUUUAUUCAGCAGGUUAAGUGCCUGUAUUAUGUGUGUGUAAGAGAGGAACCAAAAUUGAUUUGGUUCUGGUCCCUUAAAAAUCAAUGGAAAUGUUUCACUUGGGUUUUUUUAUGCGGAGGAAACACAAUUAAGCCCUUUGUCUCUAUUGAGUUAUAUACUGUAAAAGCAGUAGGUUGAAUUCUUAGUCCACUGAUCCCAAAACACAAGGAGGAAAGUUGGCUGAUGAGAAUCCUCACCUGCCCUAAGGUCUGUGCUAACCAGUCAUACCCUAAUUAGAGUUUAACAGGCACACACUGAACACCAUAAGAGGAGAAACAUAUGAGGGCUGGCUUGCUUGCUUGCUGAGGGAAGAGCUACUUAGUCACAUGUCAGAAAUGUUCAACUGGAAGAAACAUUGCCUGUAAUUUUAAGCCAAAAUUAUUAGUACAUGGAAACUACAGGAAUGUUCUUUUCUUAAGAAAAUCUAAUCUAAAUAGAAGGACUUCUGCAUGCAGUUUCUUUAACAUUCCAGGGAACAGUAUUCCUUUUCACUUGGUUCAUUGCCAAAUUUUUCUGAUUGUCAGAAGUUUUGUGCUAAUGGAGAACCAAGAAAUGAAAACCCAUAAAACAAGUUAGGAGAGUUAGUUGGCUUCAUUGGUCCGGGUCAUGAUUGCAUCCUUCUGAUGGCACUCACAAAAAGCUUUGGCAAAGAAAGAGCCCUGGUUUCUGCCCCAGCAAAGCAGAAGGAAUAAUUAUAAAAAAUUAGGAAAAUAAAUGAUGUUUCCAUCAUUCUUUCCAUUUACUUGUCAGGAAAUUCUAUAGAAUAAGAUAAUCUUUUAUCUUUUGGAAAAUAAUUUAAGAGAGUCCCUUUAAUUGAGGAUUAUAAUGCAAAGAGAAUACCCAGUAUUAGAAAGAGAAACUAUUCUCAAAUAUAUAGAAUUUUAAUGAAAGGAAUGGGAAAUAUGUAAGUCUGAGUGUGCAACUGGAUUCUAAAUUAUACACAGAACAAGUGAAAGUUGUUUUAUUUUCCACUGAGAUACAAUAUAGGAAACAAAUUUAAGAACACCCCCCAAAUAAUCACUUAAAUCCUUAAGAUUUGCUAUCACAUUCAGCCAAAAGGUAGAUGUUACAUUUUCUAUUUCAUUAGUAAAACAGAGUUUUCCUGUAGAUAACUAAAUUCUUCUAGGAAGAAUGUAGCAAAGUGUUCAGAAAUACAUAGUUAUUUUCUACAUGCAGUAAUUUCUGGUAGUAAAGGAUAUUUUUUCCAAAGCUUUUUUUUCCCAGUUGUGCAAUAAUUGUAACAGUCUAGGGGGUUUAUUUUGUUUCUGUUGGGUUUGUUUUUUGUUUGUUUUAGUUUGAGUUUGAUUUUUCUUUAGGGAGUUUUGAGUGGUUUUUUUAAAGAUAAUUUAAUGUAGAUUUCCUGCUAAUGUCCAAAAGACAAAUUAUUUUUCUUGCGUAAUGUAAUAAGUGAUAUACGGAUUAUUUUAUUACUAUGUAUCAGUAAGUUACACACACUUAUUUAUAUUUAAAGAGCAUCUUUGUAAGUAAUUGUUUGGUAGCAGGUAUGUUUUGCUGCAAGAAAUUAAAAAUGCAUAUAGGAAGACCUGGUUUUGCUGCAUAAUAUACAAAAAUUUCAUAAUGCAGGCAGGCAAAUAUAUUUUUUGGCAGCUAGAUGCAGUGAGUUUGCUAUGGAGAACUGUGUAGAAUACGAAGAGUCUAGGUGACUUCUUUGGGACCUGCAGAAAUCUCUUCUUUUUUGUUUCUACCUAUAUUUCAGUUGGGAGUGGUUUAAAAAAUAGAAGUCUUCGUUUGCUUUCCCUCUUCUUAGUAUAGUGCUUUUUCUUGAGAUAUUAAAUAAGGUGGGUUACGUGAUAAAAGAGUGUAUAAUGAUGUAGGCUCAGUUUGUAAGAAGUUCAUUGCAUAGUUCAGUAGGGUUUGGCAGUGCUGUAAUUCAGUGCUACAUGGAGAUACAAGCAAGCGAGCUUGGAAUAAGCUGAGGCACAAGUGUGUGGAAGUAGAAGCAUUUUCCUCUGCUCAGACUAAUAACACUCUUUUUUCAGCUGGGUUCAGCUGGUUCCAACACAGCCAUAGUGCUUCUGACAGGUGAGCUAGUGCUGCACAGAGCUGAUGAAGCUGAGCCCUGACAUUGGCUGCAGCAGCUUUACCUCUUCAGGAUGCUCCAUAGGAGACCUAUUGGAGCAGGUGUUCCUCCACUCACCCUUCUAAAUCUGCUCCUAGAGCAGCAUGAAGCUGCUGUGGAGUUUGGCUGCAGCAGCUUUGGGCAGAGAAAGCCUUGAUGCCAGUCAGUGGCCAUGGUGGCCAUUUGAAGUCAGAAUCUGCUUUGAUGGAGUUGCAAAGGGACGCAACUGAAAGCCCAAUUCUUAUGAAAAAACAAAGCUGAUAUCCUCAAAAUAGAUCUCCUAACAGAGUCUAAAAAUUUAUCUUUAAAGUCUGGUAUGAAUUGCACUAUGCAUGGAGUGGCAAAUUUUAGAUUGAAACAGUAAGAAUAACACAUUUCUGCAACAUCCUAAGAAACUAUGAGAAGGAGGGGGGUGAAAGAGGAGAAAAUGAAUUAUCACAUUAAUAAUUUUGCACUCAGUUCCAGAGGCAGCAGUAACAUGUGCUGUGGGCUGCCUGAGUGUCGGUAAAUCCUCACAGUUUCAUCUCAGUUAGAAAAUUUUUCUGUGGUGCAGCCACAAGUAAAACUGUGUUUUUAUGAAGAUGCAUGAGGGUCUACAGGUGUCAGACAAGGAUAUCUGACUUUGCUUGAGCCUAAACUUUACAUAGGUCCAGGCUUUCCUUGAUAUGUCUUUUUAGUGUCCUCUCAGAAAUUCCAAACAGAUUUUUGAGCUUGCCUGAUGGUUGCCUCAGACAGUUUCAGUGCAUUUGCUUUUUGCAGCCUGGCGUGUGUGAUCCUGUGUUAUCUUGGUGCCAUUACCUGUCAGAAACAUUUUAAUUCCUCAUAUGAAAAGAGCAGAAAGUGCAAAAACUGAUUUGAUGGAGAGAAAGGGAGAGAAGACAGAACAAAUUUUCACUAGCUUUUAAGAACGUGUUUCCCAGAGCAACUGUCUGGAAAUUGCACAUUUCUGUAGGACCUGACUGACUCCAGACCACUAAAUCUGACUGAAGAGAUUAGUAACAGAUGAGACACUUGCAUGGCAUGCUGACAGGGGACCAACUUCCAGCCUCACUACAUGGUUACACCAAGAUACAUAAGAGAGCAGAAUCCAAUCCAAAAUGUAUUUUUUACCCAUUACUGUGUGAUUAUAAGGUAAAAAUUACUUGUAUGACCCGUAUAUUCACUUAAGAAAAUUCUAAAGCAUUUUAGCCAACAGCUAUGUUGACAGUUCCAUAUAACCCCUUUGAGGAAUGCUAGAAGUAAAAUCCUGGCCACAGAGUAGUAGUUCAGAUUUUUGACUCUUAUUCCCAUUUCUAGGAUUCCAUCACAGGACAGGAGAGCAAGCUGUCUAUGUUACUUAGAGACUGGCGUAAUGGUUUUCCCAUAAGAGAGCAAAUCAGCUAUACUGCUUACAAAAAUGGAAAAAUUCUAGUAGACGAAGUUUUCUUGUUUUCAAGUCCCUUCACCUUCAAGGCAUAAUCCUUCAUUAGCAAAUACCAAUUUAGAGUCCUGCUACCCUUAGGAGUAGUCUGCAGGUAGGCACCACAGGUCCUCUUUGCAGAAUUGAUAUUUACAUACACCAUUCUCAAAGGAAUAAGGUUAAUUAUUACUAGUGAACAAUAGGCUAUGUGAAUUAUUUUGUCUUUGUAUUUAUCUGUGAUUUAAUUUUCUUCUUAAAAAAUCCCACUGAAAUGUUUUAAGAUGAAAAGACUCCGCUUUCCCUGUUGCCUGAUAUCUCUGAAGAUGUAUCAGGAGUUUGUUUGGGCAGUUUGAUUGUUGCUGCAUCUAGAAAAUUUUUAAGACAAAAGCAAUUAACCCUUCAACUUUUGAUUUUGCAAAUGAAUCUAUAACAAGAAAUUUGUGCUUUAAGGCAAAUUGAUUGAUUGGGAGCACUAUGCAAGUGCACAGGUUUGCUGACUGCAGGUUCAAAACAACAUGAUUUUGUGAGACAAAAUUAAAUACAUGAAAACACCAAAUACUUGCCUAUCCAGAGUGUUCAAUGAAACAAUUAGAUGGUAUGAUGCUAAAGCCUCCCAGUCUGUUCUUAAUCCUUGCCCUCCAGUUUACAAUUUGAAAAUAUGAUCUGAAUUCUGAAUCCUGACAAAUGUUGUUUGUUUUUGAAAUGUUUAUCUUACUGGCCAAGUAGAUGGUUUAAGAUAUGGAUUAAGGUCAAAGUAAUAAAGAGAAACAUUUUUGAACAGUGUGCAGACACCUGAGUUUCAAGUAUUUCACUGGAAUAACACAGCUUGUAAUUCCUAUCUGUGUUGUUUCAAGCAAUUUGUUCAGAAAUUUUCUUGCUUUCCCUUUGUUACUUUUGUUUGCUUGAUACAUGUGUUGCCUUAGGUUGCUUUUCACAUCCAUUUCACUAUUUCUGCAUUCACUGCUUCUUUUUCUCUUUGUGUGUUGUGUGUUUGCGGAAGGGUGUGUCUGUUCAAGAUCUCGUUGUUUAUUGUAGAUAAAAUAUGUGGUGUUGUGGAAUAGCAUGAGGAUGCAUUUGAUUGAAAAGGCACUGUAGUGUUUCCUGGAAAAGAAGGGGAGUUGCAUUUGUUUAUAAAUGCAUUAUUUUGGUACUGUAACUUUGAACGUGAAUUGGGAUUUUUUUCUUUAUUUUUCUUUUUUUUUUCUUUUUUUUUCUUUUUUUUUUAAUUUGAUGAGCACAGAGUCAUGAGAGUGCAUGCAUUCUUAACAAGUAAGCCCAGCAUGUUUUACUUAAGGCUUUUGAAAAUUUGGUACACCAGUUGUCUACUUUACUUACCCAGACAAUUUUUUAAUUCUAUUUUUUUGAAUCUCAAGUUUUGGAGUUUUUUUCUCCUCAAUAUACCAUGGUAUACUUGGUUUCCAUUGUACUUAAAAACUACCCUGAUCUGCCUUUUUGUGUCUUGUGUAAUAGUUUUUGCAGGAGGUGCCUAGAAAGUAUUGUUGGUUUCCCUAUAAAAAUGUGGUUUGUCCAGAUUCUUUACUGUCUACAUGAUUGAGAGAUGGACUGAUUGCCCUAUUUUUCCUUGAUGAUUUGGAGUUGUAAGAGUUGUCCAGCUGUUGCUUAAUAAAAUUUUGCAGACUAGAAAA